AUGCACCAUGAAUCGGUCACGACAGCGCUGCCGGUUGAACUGCCUCCCUCGGCGCCGGUCUAUAGGGUCUAUAAGCGGCGGUUCUGGGGGCUGGGACAACUGGUGCUGUUGAAUAUUGUCGUCAGCUGGGAUUGGCUCACCUUCUCCUCGAUAUCCACCACCACCGCGCAGUACUUCGGGGUCAGUGAAAGCGCCGUCAACUGGAUGAGCACCGGAUAUCUCUUUGCCUUUUGCGUCUCGAGUCCAAUCGUCAUCAUAACCCUCAAUAAAGGCGGCCCCAAGCCCGCCAUCAUCACCACCUCCGCCCUGCUGCUGAUCGGCAACUGGAUCCGCUAUGGCGGCACGCGGGCGGGCAACUUCGGGGUCGCGAUGUUCGGGCAGAUUCUCAUCGGGCUGGCGCAGCCCUUCUGCCUCAGCGCGCCGACCCGAUACAGCGACCUGUGGUUCUCGGAUCAGGGCCGCACCAGCGCCACGGCGGUCGCGACGCUGGCGAACCCGUUGGGCGCGGCGCUGGGCGAGCUGAUCGAUGGGUUUUGGGUGACGGAGCCGGGAGAUGUGCCGGGGAUGGUGUUGGGGGUUACUAUUAUUCCCCUCCUCCACCCCCCUCCACUCCACCUCCCUCCCCCGCUCUCCUCCCUCUCCCACCUCCUCCACACCCCAACCUUCCACCUCAUCCUCCUCCCCUUCACCGUCUACGUCGCCCUCUUCAACAGUAUCUCCACGCUACUCAACCAAAUCCUCUCCCCGCACCACUUCACCGAAACCCAAUCGGGGAUCGCAGGCGGCCUCCUCAUCCUCACCGGCCUGCUCUCCUCCGCCGUCAUCUCCCCCCUCACCGACCGCUACAAGCAAUACCUGCUCACCAUCCGACUGCUCGUCCCCGUCAUCGCCGCGUCCUACAUCGCGCUGAUCUACGCCCCGGCCAGCACCGCCGGCAUCUGGCCCACGUAUGUCGUGUGUGCGGUGCUCGGCGCCAGUAGCUUCGGCUUGUUGCCUGUGGUCUUGGAGUUUCUGGUCGAGGUCAUGUAUCCCGUUGAGCCCGGGGUGGGGAGUACCCUUUGUUGGGUCGGGGGGCAGUUGUUUGGCGGCGUUUUUGUGGUGGUUAUGGAUGCGUUGGGGGGUGGGGAUGGAGGGAGUAUGCAUAGGGCGUUGGUGUUUGCGGCGGCUUUGGCGGUGGUGGUUGUGCCGGCGCCGUUGGUUAUUGGCGUGGUUGGGGGGAGGGUGAGGAGGGGGAGGGUCGAUGUUGAUGGGGUUGUUGAUCGGGUUGUUGAUGGUCGUGAGGGUGAUAGGGAGAGGGCGAUCGAGUUGCGUGGUGGUGGUGGUGGUGGAAGAGGAGGAGAGGAGAUACAGCUUGGGGGUCGUGGUGGUGAGAGUGGAAGUGGAAGUGCGGGUGAUGCUGGGAAGGGGGGGGUUCGGUGGGGUGUGGCGUGGAGGAAGUAG